AUGGCGGACGGCCAAGAUGUGCAAACUCUAAAGAUGAAUUUGGCAAGAAAGCACGAGGUUGACCCCGAUCGUCGACGUCCGUCCACAUUGUGCUUAGAACCACCAAAAUCAGAUGUACGCAAGACCACAUCCUUCCAAGCUCAUAACGAAUUUAUCAGUGGCAAAGCGAAUGAAGAUGGUUUUGUUCCUUAUCUUGAGCCAAAAUGGACCCAUGUAGUAUUAAAAAUGACGGCUUUCUCUGAAGAUGAUAUUGUGACGAGUUUUCGAUUUGACCUAAAUGGAGGUGGGAUUGGUAAAAGUACCGAGAAUGUGGCAAGUAUACCAGCCGAUAAGUUAUUGGCCGAUAAAGAUCACGCACGGGUAUUAUACAAUGGCGGACGAUUUUAUUUGUCCAAUGGUGAUAGUACAAGUGACACAUUUGUACGUCUUAGUCCUGUUGGAAUUAGCGACGAUGAUACUGGAGAUAGAAUGCAGUGGCCACUUGAGCCUCAAGUAGCGUUUCGAGUAGGCAAGUCAGAUUUUGCUGUCACAGCAUUUCACGAUUCGUCACAGACACUUGAAGUAUCAGCAUUAAGUGGUAAAUUAUCAGGUAUGCAAUUUCGAAUUGGUCGCGAAGGGGCAGGUAUUGGUCGUUCAGCGGACAAUAAAAUUCAUACUGGCGAUGGUGAAUUGUCUCGAAAACAUGCAGCCAUUUGGUUUGAUGAAUUAACAAAUCAAUUUUAUCUCAUUGACUUAAAUUCUACGAAUGGGACAUUUAUGAAACUCGUAGGAAGUUAUCAAGAACCUUAUCGUUUGGAAAUUGGUGAUGAUUUGCUCGUGGCACAAACAUGUUUGACGGUUAAUCGAUUCGAUUUUGGUGCACAUUCUGACAUGGGAACGCGAAAACACAUGGAAGACGCACAUACAAUCAUUCAAGACUUGUGUAUUGAACCUCUGAGUCGUUUGGGUUUGCAUCCGCAAUCAUUUUUUGCUGUCUAUGAUGGACAUGGUGGCAAUGAAGCGUCAUCAUUUCUUAGCGACGUCCUGCAUCAAAAUAUUAUUGAGGCAUUUUUCAUGUCAAGAACGGACUUAAAGCCACUAGUAGCAGCGUCGUUUGAUGAAGUGCAGUCAAUGGUUAAAAAAAGAUUGACAGAAGCGUUUGAACGGACGGAUGAAGAAUUUUUGAACGAGUCAGAGCGACCACAGGCGGGAAGUACAGCUACAACAGCGUUUAUUGCAGGUAAAUGGUUAUUUGUAGCAAAUGUUGGAGAUUCACGAACAGUUUUGAGCCGCAAUGGUAUUGCCGAGCGUCUGUCGAACGACCAUAAACCUAGUCGAUCGGAUGAAGCGCAACGUAUUCGAGAGAUUGGCGGUUUUGUCAUUCAUGGGCGAAUUAUGGGCGAACUUGCGGUAUCUCGUGCAUUUGGAGACGCACCGUUUAAAACAUUUGAUUUGACUGAGCCGUCAUUGCAAGAUGUGGACUCAAAGCCACGGAGUGAGUAUGACUCGCAAGAAUUGCCUGUGAAUCCAAAUGACAUAUUAAAAGGCCCACUUGUGAUCCCGACUCCUGAAAUUACUGUCACUGAAUUGACAGAAGAGUGUGAAUUCCUCAUUUUGGCCAGUGAUGGUCUUUAUGAUGUGUUACAAGAUCAAGAGGCUGUGGAUUUGAUGCGUCGAAAACUUGUUGAGCUUAGUGAUGUCCAGCGUGCUGUAGAGGCUGUGAUUGAGCAUGCAAUUUUUCACCAACGCUCGACCGAUAACGUAACGUGUGUUGUCGUCAUGUUCAAAGAGGCGAAAGAAUUAAUUAAGUAA